AUGUCUCCUUUACAGUUUAUACUGAUGGUUGCUGCAAGUUCAGUGGGAGAGGAACUCUUCUAUAGAGUUGCAGUUCAAGUUUGUUUCAGAACUUCUAUGCCUGAACUUUAUCGUAUUUGCCUAGAGAUGUUUGAGAAAUAUACCUGGUAUGAGAAAAAACAAAUGACGAAAAUAUAUUCACCACUUCUGGAAGGACUAUUGGCUCUCUACCUCCGUUUCAAGUGGAUCCAAGCAAAUAAUAUUCUUUCUCCCAUUAUCACACAUGAAAUUUACUCUACUGUUAUAAUAGGACAUGUCAUUUGA